GGCGGUGGCGCGCGGCGGGCUCAGACGUGGCACUCUGGUGAGCUGGUGGCGCGCGCUCUAUCGGGUGAGGGCUGCGCACCGCGCCCAGAUUCCUGAAGAGUACUCCAAACUUGGAAUGAGAAUAUUGCCAUCAUGAGUCAACAGGGUUAUGUUACAGCUCCUCCAUAUUCCCAAUCCCAGCCAAGAAUGGGAGGCUUUUCUGCAGGUUUUGGACCACCUAAUUCUUCACUUCAUUAUGGGCAUUAUGGAGACCCGAACUCCUCACAUGCAGCAGCACCUCAACCAGGUAUGUCGAAAUCAACUGUGCCUCUUGGAUCUUCAACUCCUCUUGGGCCUCUACCACCUGGUACACAUCAAGUCAGCCAGAACAACUUCCAAAGUGCAGCAGGACAACAGCCACAUAGGUUUCCAAGCCCUCUACCUCCGAACAAUACAGGACCUUCCUGUCCUCCUGGCAGUCAUCAGUCCCAGCCAGCCUCCCCAAAUGCUGUAUCCACUUCAUGUACACAACUUGCCAACCAGCUGAACAGCAUGCAGAUAAAUAGCUAUGGUCCUGGUGCUAUCCAAAGCUCUCACACAUCUUCUGGACAUCCAGCAUCUUUUCAGGGUCCACAGCAACUGCCACUGACGCAGCACCAAAUGACUUUACAACCUGGACCACAGAUACCUCCACCAGCAAAUAAUUUCAGUGGCCUUUGUGCUCAGUCAUCGUUGCCUAGUAUGGCCAGACAGGAUGGGGUCCCUGGAUCUGGACUUCCAAAUCCUAACUUGCAGCAACUUCCAGGACAGACUCCAGGGCCUGGAUAUCAUCCUCAGCAAGCAAACUAUGGCCCUCAGAUGGCAGGAUCUCAACUGUCUUAUCCUGGUGCUUUUCCUGGAGGUCCAGCACAGCUCUCUGGUCCACCACAGAAGAAGCUUGAUCCUGACUCGAUUCCAAGCCCAAUUCAAGUAAUUGAAAGUGAUAAAGCUUCUAGGGGAGGGCAGAUGUAUGCUACAAACACAAGAGGACAGGUUCCUCCUCUUGUCACCACUGACUGCUUUAUCCAAGAUCAAGGUCAUGCCAGCCCUCGUUAUAUCCGAUGUACUACCUACUGCUUCCCGUCAUCUUCAGAUAUGGCCAAACAGGCUCGCAUUCCACUGGCAGCUGUCAUCCAGCCUUUUGCUAUUGUUCCACAAAAUGAGACACCUCUUUAUGUUGUAAACCAUGGUGAGACCGGACCAAUCCGAUGUAACAGGUGCAAGGCUUAUAUGUGUCCUUUCAUGCAGUUUAUUGAAGGUGGUAGAAGAUAUCAGUGUGGCUUUUGCAAUUGUAUAAAUGAAGUGCCUCCAUUCUUCUUCCAACAUCUGGACCACAUUGGCCGGCGGGUAGACCACUAUGAAAGGCCUGAGCUAUCUCUGGGAUCAUAUGAAUAUGUUGCUACUUUGGAUUACUGCCGAAAUAACAAGCCUCCAAAUCCACCUGCUUAUAUCUUCAUGAUUGAUGUAUCAUACAGAAAUAUAAACAGUGGCCUUGUUAAACUCAUAUGCGAUGAGCUGAAGACUCUUCUUGAUAAACUUCCCAGAGAAGAACAGGAAGAAUCCUCAGCAAUUCGAGUUGGUUUUGUCACUUACAACAAGGUCCUCCACUUCUUUAAUGUGAAAAGUAACUUAGCUCAGCCUCAGAUGAUGGUGGUCUCAGACGUUGGAGAAGUUUUUGUUCCUUUGCUGGAUGGCUUCCUUGUUAACUUCCAGGAAUCACGCUCUGUUGUUAACAACUUGUUGGACCAGAUUCCUGAAAUGUUUGCAGACACUAAUGAGAGUGAGACCAUCUUUGCUCCUGUUAUCCAGGCUGGCAUGGAGGCGCUAAAGGCUGCAGAAUGUGCUGGGAAACUGUUUAUCUUCCACUCUUCAUUGCCAACUGCUGAAGCACCGGGAAAACUGAGAAACAGAGAUGACAAAAAGCUACUCAACACAGAUAAAGAAAAGACACUCUUCCAGCCUCAGGUGAACUGUUACGAGUCCUUAGCCAGAGACUGCGUGGCUAAUGGCUGCUGCGUGAAUUUGUUCCUCUUCCCAAAUCAGUAUGUGGACAUAGCUUCCUUGGGUCUUGUCACCAUGUACACUGGAGGCACACUGUACAGGUACAACAAUUUCCAGCUCAAUUCUGAUAGCCCACAGUUCCUAACUGACCUCAGGAGGGACAUAGAGAAAAAGACGGGAUUUGAUGCAAUAAUGAGGGUUCGAACAAGUACAGGCUUCAGGGCUACUGACUUCUUUGGGGCUAUUUACAUGAACAACACUACAGAUGUCGAAAUGGCAGCAGUUGACUGUGACAAGGCUGUGACAGUAGAGUUCAAACACGACGACAAACUGAAUGAGGACAGUGGAGCCUUAAUUCAGUGUGCUGUCCUCUACACAUCAGUAAGUGGGCAAAGACGACUUCGCAUACACAACAUAGGCUUAAAUUGUAGCACCCAGUUAGCUGAUGUCUACAAGACUUGUGAGACCGAUGCACUUAUCAACUUCUUUGCUAAGUCAGCCUUUAAAGCUAUCCUAAGCCAACCACUGAAGGUUGUCAGAGACAUCCUGGUCAGUCAGACAGCACACAUGCUGGCGUGCUACAGGAAGAACUGUGCCAGCCCUUCAGCAGUGAGCCAGCUCAUCCUUCCAGACGCAAUGAAGGUGCUGCCAGUGUACAUGAACUGUCUGCUGAAGAGCACUGUGCUGACUGGCAGACCAGAAAUUCCAACUGAUGAGAGGGCGUACCAUCGACAACUGGUCAUGUCUAUGGGAGUAGCUGAUACACAGCUGUUCUUCUAUCCCCAGCUUCUGCCGAUACACAACCUGGAUUUGAAGAGCGACGCUGUGCCAGCUGCAGUGCGCUGCUCUGAGGAGCGUCUCUCAGAAGGAGGGGCCUUCAUUCUGGCCAAUGGUCUGAGCAUGUUCCUGUGGCUGGGGGUCAGCACGCCCCCUGAACUCAUCCAAGGGCUUUUCAAUGUGCCGUCUUUUGCACACAUCAGCGCAGAAGCUACAUUACUGCCUGACCUGGCCAAUCCCUACUCUAAGAAAAUUAAGUCAAUAGUGGAGCACAUCCAGAACCAGAAGCCCUACACUAUGAAGCUGAUGAUAGUGAAACAACGGGAGCAACCAGAGAUGCUAUUCCGGCAGUUCCUCGUAGAAGACAAGAGUAUUCAUGGAGGAGCUUCUUACGUGGAUUUCUUAUGCUGUGUUCACAAAGAGAUCUGCCAGCUUCUCAAUUAAAGAAACUUGAGUAUAUAUAAUUUGCCAGUUACUUUCCAAUUUUGCAGGAGGGACAGUCAUCGGUGCCUGAAGGCUGGCCCACAACUUCAGUGUACCCAGACAUUCUGCUGUGCUUUACCAAACCUUUUUUGUGCUCUUUUUGUACAGUUUCAUUCCACUCAGCCACUCACCAAAUAUUUAGUUUACUUAUUAAGCUGUAGAAUAGAAGUUCUGCACUCAGGUAUUAAUCUUUGAGGAGUCCUGACUCUAAGCUGAAUUGCCAGAUUUCAAACUGUCAAUGCUUAAGAGCGUUUUCAAGUAUCAAAAUAUAAUUUAGAAAAUAACUAUUUGAAUCUAUUACUAGCCGUAAAUCGUUUAAGAGCCAGGAAAGAUGCUAAAAAUCCACACAGAAGGAAAAAGUGGUAAGAUAAUGCUUUUUCUAGAAGUGAGAGCACACAGCUGAAUCAGUUUUGCAGCAGUCCUGCAGUUCAGUUUGAGUAUUUCAAAGUCCUGCGUGUAAAACUAAGAACUCUAGAAAAUAAUUCCCUUCUUCCCAGAAAGGGCAAGUAUUAAUUUUCAACAGAAACAGAGCUCUGGUAACCUUCUACACCCACAGGUAUCCAGGACACAAAAAUGUCUCUGUUUUAUAACUGGACUUCAAUAAGCGAGUUCAACAAUGGAGCACAGGACAAAGAGCAGUCAAACUAUGCUUAUUCUAAGCUUGGUAGUUAGCGGCACGCUGUUAUGGCACAAUCCUCUAGUUUUCAGGGCAGCAAUUAAUCUAGCAUGCUAUUUAAUUACAUUUUCGAAAUUGACCAUGUUGUGCUUUAGCACAUUCGUUAACUGGAAUAACUCCCCAUAAAACUUAGCUAACCAUCUGCUUCUCUCACAGAUACAGUGGCAGGUCAACAGUGAGACGGUUGACAAGUUAACUAAAGGUGAGUUGCAGUGCUAUAAAAGGAAAGCUUCAUGUUUAACACCAGUCCUGUUACAGGGACUGAUGAAUAAAUCAGUCAUCACUUAGAAAAAUAAAUUUCUGUUACUAUCAAUAUUUAAGGUAGAACUUAGAAAGCCAGUCUUUGGCAGGAAGAGCUGUUUACCUCAGUGCUUCUUCAUGCUGUAAGUUUAAGACCAGUGCCUCUACACACAACAUUUGAAUUUCUCCAGACUUGAAAAGCUUGUUACAAAUAUCAGUAUUUCACAGAAGGCAAAACCAAAAUAGAACACAGCCUCACAAGAGAGUGUAAGACAUGGGCCUCAUAAAAAAAAAAAAGUGCCUUUGAUCAUGCUCGUGUCAUUAACUAGUAUUUAUCCUUUUCAUAGAUAAAAUAAGCAGUCCAAUGCACAUUCUUGACAGCUCAUCAAAAUAGCUGCAUCCUUGUGCACUGAACAACUCUUAAAAGAAAUGGAUAUAUUACAAAAGGUCACGCACACCGAAUUCAGCUGUCAAAAUAAGCUCUUUGCUGGAGACAUUUUACUUUGUAAAAAGUACUUGUUGCCUUUCCAGAUCAGCGUACUUUGUAAAAAUGACAGCAGCAACUCUGAUGUGUAAAAACAUAAGGAAUUAUUAAAUAUAAUUAUAACACAUGUGUUUAUUGUAA